GUGUCCUAUUUUGCCAAAGUUACCGAGAGUCCUAUUUUUCCAAAUUUCCCAACAUUCUUCCUUUCAGCCUCUGUUUCUUCAUUGCCCGGCGAACCAAAGAGCCUUGCUGCUGCCCAAACCCAAACGCAUAAACCGGCCAUCAUUCAAUUUCAAGGUCUUGGCCGCCGGUAAUCUCUUCCAUCGCAGUCUCGCGGCGUGUAGAGAGAGCUAGGGUCUUCUGCAACCUAGCCCUAAUAGGCAGGACUUCAACGCAUAAAAAUAAGUGAGUAGACGCAAUUUGCAAGACAAGAAAAUACAUUUACUUGCACAUUUGACCGCUAUAUGGACCAGACUAAACAACUGGUGAAAGCCCUGUUCAAGAACACUAACAAUCCCAAAUUGGCAUGGCAUCUUUUCAAACGCACCAUCUCCUCUCCCAACUCUUCAAAUUCGUUUACUCACUUCCAUCAAGCAGUUCCUCAUAUCACCCGUAUUUUAGCUGGAGCAAAAAUGUUACCGGAGAUCAAUGCCCUUCAUCAACUCCUGCUCUCUCAACCGCUCCACACUUCUCAUGCUUCUCUAUUUACCAUGGUGAGAAUCUUGGCAGAGUCUGGCCUUGUCAAACAGGCCGUUUCUCAAUUUCGAUUCAUCCGAACCCAGUUCCCUGAUAAAUCUCCUCCAGCGUCUCUGUACAAUUUUCUUAUGCAGUCUGGCCUUCGAAGGAAUUGCGUGGAUCACAUCUCCUGGCUGUAUAAAGAUAUGAUUGCUGCUGGGCUUUUGCCAGAGACUUAUACUUUUAAUCUUCUGAUUGCUGGCCUGUGUGAUUGUGGUUGUUUGGAAGAUGCCCGACAGUUGUUGGAUAAAAUGUUUGAGAAGGGUUGUCAGCCCAAUGACUUCUCUUUUGGGAUUUUGGUCCGUGGAUACUGUAGAGCUGGGCUUACUCCUGUUGGUAUGGAGCUUUUGGAGGCAAUGCGAAGUAUGAGGAUUUCACCUAGUACUGUAAUAUACAAUACUUUGAUUUCAAGUUUUUGUAAAGAAGGUAAGACCCAUAAGGCUGAGGAAUUGGUGGAGAGAAUGAGAAAAGAUGGUCUUGUCCCAGAUAUUGUUACUUUCAAUUCUAGAAUUGCAGCUCUUUGUAGUGCAGGGAAGGUUAUGGAAGCCUCUAGAAUUUUUAGAGAUAUGCAAAUAGAUGAGUUAGGAUUGCCGCAGCCUAACAUCAUAACAUUCAAUCUGAUGCUGGAGGGAUUUUGCGCAAAAGGAAUGUUGGAGGAAGCAAAGACCCUUGUUGAGUCCAUGAAAAGAAAUGGUGCUUUUGGAAAAGUGGAGAGCUAUAAUAUAUGGUUGUUGGGUUUGAUGAGAAAUGGGAAGCUGUUAGAGGCAAAAUUAGUCCUUAAAGAGAUGGAAGAAAAGGGAAUAGAGUUAAACAUUUAUUCGUAUAACAUUAUGAUGGAUGGGCUAUGUAAGAAAGGAAUGCUUUUCGAUGCAAGAAUGCUGAUGGAUUCAAUGAUAGGAAGUCGGGUUCCCCCUGAUACAGUUACUUAUACCAUUCUACUGAAUGGAUACUGUUUGAAAAGGAAAGUUCACGAAGCCAACAAUCUUCUACAUGAAAUGGUGAGGAAUGGCUAUUUCCCAAACAGUUACACUUGCAAUAUCUUGUUGCAUAGCCUGUGGAAAGAGGGAAAAAUAUCAGAAGCAGAGAGUCUACUGCGAAGCAUGAAAGAACUAGGUUAUGGCUUGGAUAGUGUGACCUGUAAUAUUGUGCUUGAUGGUUUAUGCAAAAUUGGCAAGGUGGACAAAGCAGUUGAAAUUGUCAACAAAAUGUGGACACAUGGAAUUGCUGCACUUGAUCAUCUAGGCAAUCCCCUUAUUGGCCUAUUGGAUGGCAAUAAUAAUGGGGGAAAAUGCUUGCCUGAUUUGAUCACGUAUUCAACUAUAAUUAAUGGGUUAUGUCAGACUGGAAGGUUUGCUGAAGCUAAAAAUAAGUUUGUUGAGAUGAUGGGGAGGAACUUGUACCCUGACUCGGCUCUUUAUGAUACAUUUAUACAUUAUUUCUGUAAAAGUGGAAAGGUAUCCUCAGCAUUCCGGGCUCUCAAGGACAUGGAGAGAAAAGGUUGCAGUAAGAGCAUUCAAACUUAUAAUUCUUUGAUGGCUGGUCUGGGGAGUACAAAACAAAUCUUUGAAAUGUAUGGACUGAUGGAUGAGAUGAGAGAAAGAGGCAUCUCUCCCAAUGUAUACACUUAUAAUAUAAUGAUUGAAUGUUUAUGUGAAGCUGGGAGAACAGAAGAUGCAAUUUCUCUUGUAGAUGAAAUGAGGCAAAGGGAUAUAUUCCCUAACAUGUCUUCCUUUGGGUUGUUAAUUAAAGCUUCUUGCAAGACAGGUGAAUUUGGGAUAGCAAGGGAGGUAUUCAAUAUUGCUUUUAAUACAUGUGGCCAUAAAGAAUCCCUUUACAGUUUGAUGUUCAGUGAGUUACUUGCUGAAGGAGAAGUCAUGGAAGCAAAGGCACUAUUGGAAGCUUCAAUAGAGAGAUAUUUUGACUUAGGGAGCUUCCCCUAUCAAGGUCUUAUUGACAGACUUUUGAAUGAUGAAAAUUUGGAAUGUGCUAGUGGUCUCCUGAAAUUGAUGAUUGACAAAGGAUAUGGAGUUGAUCCUGCAUCAUUCAUUCCAGUGAUUGAGGGUUUACGAAAAAAGGGAAAUAAGCAUGAUGCAGAUGAACUUGCAGAAAGGAUGCUGGAAAUGUCUUCAGAGGGUAAUUUGGCCAAUAACAUUAAUCGAAAUAAGGGAGAGUUAAAUCAUCACAGACCAAAUCAUUAUGGUGGGAAUGAUUGGCAAACCAUAGUGCACAGAAAUGAUGGCAGCAAUAUAGCAUUGAAAACUAUUAAGCAGGUACAAAAAGGGUGGGGUCAUGCAAGUUUCCGACCUCGGAGAAGUGAUUUUCAUGAUCUCUGGGAUGGUUUUUAUUGAAAUUACUAGCUUUUGUAGACCUUUUCCAAAAAAUUCUAUUGGUUAGAGGCUAACUGAAUGCUGAGGCAGAAGAAGUGGAAGAGCAACAAUACAGUAUGGUUUCACAACUAUGUAAGGCUGUCAAUGGGCUGGGUCUGGCCCAGACCCAACCAGUUCCGGACAUGUGAGUUCUGGACCCAUUUAUAAUGGACCUGGACCAAACCCAUUAGAUACAGACCUGUUAGACCCGUUUAUUAAACGGGAUGGGUCUUCAUGGCCCAGACCCAUACAACCCAUACAGACUUGGCAGUUGGCUCUCUUUCCAUCUCUUUGAAAUCAAAGGCCAACAACAAACAAGGGUUUCACAGUGAAUUGCCAUAGCUGCAAGUCUGCAACAAGAUUUCAGCGAUUGCAAUCAGGUAGAGCAUUGAUUGAGAGGCGAUAUGGAGAUAUGGUUCUGUACAUGAACUUCAUGUUAUUCAGAGGCAAUUUCUGCAACCCUUUGCUCAGAUUCUUCAUAAAUUGAAGUUGAUAUUCAAGAUUUUGGGCAGCGAAUUAACCAAGAAAAAAAAAAACAGUUCAAUUUUUUGUUUUUGAUACGGAAUUUGUAAUCUGCAUUCAUAUAUCUUUUUUGUUAGGUGAUUUGUGUUAAUAUAUUUGUUGUCUAAAUAUAACAAUAAAUUUAUAGUUGCGGCUGAUUAUCCAUCUUAAGCAUUGAGUCUCCAGAUGCAAAAAGGAAGCAGUUAGGGGGUGUGGGGUGUUUCCCACACAGCUUUCCAAUGUUUUAACUAGUUUCUCUAAGUAAGAAUGUAGUAAUAGUAGAAGUGUAGUUAGACUAAAGUUCUAAGCAUAUCUC